AUGGCAGCGGGCAACGCCGGGCAUUGGGGCCGCCUGGAGUCCGCCCUGCGCAGCAGCCUCCGCCUCCUCCGGGACAGGUGGGCCCGGGGGCCGAGUCAGCGCGGCGGGCAGGCGGCGGCCGCGGCCACAGAGCGGUCCAGCAGCGGCAUCGAGGAGGCCGGCGAAGAGGUUUGCGCCCUGCAGACGCUGCCGAUUGAUGUGCAGUUAUAUAUUAUGUCAUUUCUCUCACCCCAAGACCUGUGCCAUUUGGGAAGCACAAAUCAGUACUGGAGUUUAACUGCGCGGGAUCCAUUGUUAUGGCGAUAUUUUCUCUUGCGGGAUCUCCCUUCUUGGUCUUCAGUUGACUGGAAAUCACUUCCAGAUGUGGAAAUCUUUAAUAAAUCAUUUUCUGAGCUAAAUGAUAAUGCAUUGUACGACUACAUGACAAUAUACAAAAAGAGCUGUCCUCCGAGUAGACAUUUGAAAUCAAGCCAUCCCACAUAUGGAGCUGUGACUACCUUCCUUAUACAAUCACUGGUCAUGCAAGCAGAACCUCGCUUUGCCCUUUUUGGACCAGGUUUAGAAGAAUUGGAUGAAUCUUUGGUGCGAAGAAUGAUGACUUGCCCAGAAAUUUUGCCUGUAGCUGGCUUACCUCAAAGACAAAUCCAUGGGAUUGGAUCAGGAGUCAGUUUUCAAUUUAAUAACCAUCGAAAUUUCAAUAUUUUGACACUGUAUUCAACUACCAGCAUGGAAAGGAAGAGAGCAAGAACAGAGCAAACUGUUACAGUCAAUAAGAUGUUUUACCAAGAAAACAGCAUAGGGGGCAAUCAACAGGCAGUACACUACAAUGUAAUUGCUCAAGUUAAAAAAGUGUGCGAAGUAGUUGAUGGAUUCAUCUAUGUUGCUAAUGCGGAAGCUCAUAAAAAACAUGACCGUCAAGAUGAAUUUGCUCGUAUUUUGGCAAUGCUAGAUCCAACUCUUGGGCCUCCAAACAGACCUGUACUGAUUUUGUCCUGCACCUCUGAAGUUGGCAUUAAAAGAAUCCCUUGUGUUUACAUGGCACAUCAACUGCAAUUAAAUCUGCUAAAGCAACCAUGGAUGGUGCAAGACACUGUAGCUGCUACUUUAAGUGGACUGUUAAAUGGAAUUGAGUGGAUACUUGGAGAAGUUGAAUGUAAAAAUGCACAAUGA